UACCACAACAAAGCCUCCGCUUCCCGUCAUCCACCGGGUCAGAAAUGAAACUAAACGAACAGCGGCGAAGUUUCCACCUUUGCAACUGCGACAUGUUGACUGACAGCGACCAGUUCAACCGACGGGGACGUGAUUCAUUAGAAUAAUUAGAUGAAGAAGAAAAGACAAAUGAUGCAGCGAGUUUCUCUUCCACCGAAAUGAAAGUAGAGUUGAGUUUCUAUAGGUUUAGUAAUGAUGAGGGAGUGAUUCACCUGCUGUUUGGUUGAUGAACCGAUAACAGGAGAUAAGUGAGGUUUCUCGUCUGACUUCACGUGAAAUUUGUCACACGACUCAGCUGACUCCACAUCACACAGCCCACGAUGUCUGAUGACAAAACCAUCGUUUUCUUCGACCUGGAGACAACUGGAUUAGACACUACAAUAUGUGACAUCAUCCAGGUGUCGGCCGUCUGUGGAGAGAGGAUGUUUAACGUCUACACGCUCCCCCGCACCGCCCUCACCGAGAGCGCCAAGGAGGUCACAGGCUUCACCGUCAGCGACGCCGGCCUGUUUCUCCGAGGGACACCCGUGGACACCACCCCUCUCGUCGACGCUCUCACCUCCUUCAUCGCCUUCCUUCGCUCCUUCCGCCGGCCCGUGCUUCUGGCAGCACACAGCGUGCGGCGGUUCGACGCGCCUGUGAUCACCAGAGUGAUGCGACAGUGCUCCCUGCAGCGGGAGUUCCAGCAGGUGGUGUCUGGUUUCUUGGAUACCUUCCUGCUAAGCAAGAGUCUCUUCCCCGGACUGGUCAGCUAUUCUCAGGAGAAAAUGGUUCGUCAGUUCCUGAGAAAGACCUACAACGCCCAUAAUGCUAUGGAGGACGCCAGGAUGCUGCAGGAGCUGUACAACCAUUGGAAUCCUGACAGGUGGAAUAUCAGGAGCGUCACCUUCAAGACGACAUUUUUCUAAAAAAAAAAAAAAAGAAAACCAAUCUGGCUGCGCAAAAAAAAUAUGCCUUUUAUAAAUGAUUUUUAAAUUAUUUUAAUUGAAGUUUUGUUCUCAUUGUGUACCUUCAGGCCUUUGGACAAACUGACAUUUGGAACAUUUACAGAAUAAUGAAAUGAAGCAAAGUAGAUUUUAUUCUUUUUAUGACUGGACACAAUAAUGAAUGUUACAUCCUCAAAUUCACAGAUAUGUCAUGUUCAUACUGUAUGAAUAUCUUCUGUUUUGUGACUUUGUUCUGAAAAUGUAACAUGUCUCAUGCUCAGAGGUCUUUCCAAUAAAUACAGUUCAGUCACAGUUUUCCCACAAUAA